AGUCAAGUUUUGACGAUGACUGCGACGACGAGUGAGACUUGGAUGCUGCUUCUGGUAGCCACGCUUCUGUUGGUGCUUAGCCCCAAUGGAAGCUGGGCAGAGGAUCCCAUAUAUCGCCUGUGCGUGCCAAAGAUAUACCUGAAAGAAUGCCAGCAGCUGCUGGCCGAUCCCUCGGAGGCGGGUAUCCGCAUGGAGUGCGUGGCCGGGCGAGAUCGGGUGGACUGCCUCGAGCUGAUCGAGCAGCGUAAAGCUGAUGUGCUGGCCACGGAGCCGGAAGACAUGUAUAUAGCCUACCACCGCAAAAACGAGGACUAUCGCGUCGUCUCCGAGAUCCGCACGCAGCAGGACAAGGACGCUGACUUCCGCUACGAAGGCGUCAUCCUGGUGAAGAAGACAUCGCCUAUUAAGACCCUUCAGCAGCUGCGUGGCGCCAAGUCCUGCCACACGGGCUUCGGACGCAACGUCGGCUACAAGAUCCCCAUUACGAAGUUAAAGAACACCCAUGUGCUGAAGGUCUCAGCCGAUCCGCAGAUCUCCGCCACCGAACGAGAGCUCAAGUCCCUCUCCGAGUUCUUCUCGCAGUCCUGUCUCGUAGGCAACUACUCCGCACACCCGGAGACGGACCGCCUCCUCAAGAAAAAGUACUCGAAUCUGUGUGCCCUCUGCGAGAAGCCCGCCCAGUGCAACUAUCCGGACAAGUUCAGCGGAUACGACGGUGCCAUACGGUGCUUGGACAAAGGCCAGGGCGAGGUGGCCUUCACCAAGGUCCAGUACAUCAAGAAGUACUUCGGCCUGCCCGGCGCAGCGCCCGCUGAGGGCAAUGCCGCGGAGUUCGAGUAUCUUUGCGAGGACGGCACCCGCCGGUCUAUCACAGGACCCGCCUGCUCCUGGGCCCAGCGCCCCUGGAGCGGCUACAUCUCCAACGAGCAUGCUGUCCAGAGCACAGACCAACUGCACCAGCUGCAGACCCGUCUGGAGCGCUUCUUCGCCAACGGGUUACGGGCACAGAACAAGGAGGCCGCCGCCCACCUGCUCAUCCAGCCAAAUGGCGUGUACCACAGCAAGCCGGCGGCCAUCGAUCCCAAGGUCUACCUAGAGCGGGCCGGCUACAAGGAUGUAAUCGAACGCGACGGCAGUGCCAUCCGCAAGAUCCGGCUGUGCGUCCAGCAGGAUGCCGAGUUCUCUAAAUGCGAGGCCCUCCAUAGGGCAGCCUAUGCCCGCGAUGCCCGCCCAGAGCUGGAGUGUGUCCAGGCGGCGGACUGCGUCGAGGCGCUGGGCAAGGACAAGGCUGAUCUGGUGAUCCUUCCCGCUGCCAGUUAUGCCGAUGCCCGCCAGCACAAGCUGCAGCCCAUCGUCUACGAGCAACUCUCCGACGAAGAUAUCCUGGUGGCCGUGGCCCCACCCACCCUUAGCCGAGAAGCACUCCAGAAGACAGCUAUAAACUACGACGCAGACAACGAGCGGGCCCGACUCUCAGCCGCCUUCCUUAACAAGCGACGCGGCCAGGACGGAUGCCGUAUCUCCCCAAGCUCCGCGCAGGAUCUGCUGAUCGUCCCCGCCUCGAAGCUGGAGGAGCACAAGGACUGGCAAUUGGUCUGCCCCGGACUGACGCGCAGCCCCGUCACCGAUUACCGCGCAUGCAACGUGGAGGUGCAGCUGCCACGCGCCAUCUUCGUGCGCUCCGACAGCUCCUCCGUGGAGCAGGAGACGGUCAAGCAUCUGUUCGCAACCAUCUCGGAUAAGUUCGGGGCCAGGGGUAAGCUGGUGGAUGUCUUCUCCUUGUUCGGGGAGUUCCAGGAGGGCCACAAGAACGUUCUCUUCGAUGAAAAUGCCGUCGAGCUAGCUACGCAGCUGAAGAACGACGUCCAGGACGAGCAGAUUUACAGUGACCUCCAGUGCGAUGGGAACAAGAUUAUCAAGCAGUGAUAUCCUUAUCAAGCACUGAUAUCCAUUCUCCAGGAGUGAACUUCAUCUCCAAUCUACCCUUAGCAUAAAUAAAAAUCUUUUUUUCUUGAAUAUUUUGCAACACA